AUGUUGGCAGCUCUAGCCCUCCUCGUUACCGUCGUCGCCGGGCAAGUCUGCCCCCCAGGCACAGGGCCCGCCGAUAUCCCCCUCUGGAAAGACAGUACGGUUGACUCUAUCGUCGGCACACCCGGCGCCGCGCUCCUCCUCGCCGUCGACACCAAGGCCGAGUUCACUUGGCUCACCGACCGGUACGUGCCCGCCAAGAGCUCGACCUUUCAGCCGCUCGACGGCACCUUUGAAGGGUACUACUGGGGCAUGACGAUUAUGGGCACCCGCGGACGCGAUGUGAUCCGAUUUGGCAACAAUGAGUAUACUACUGAUCUGGGGCUCACGACCCUUUCGCCGCCCACAGUGGGUAACGUCAACGGCGUUCUUGCUCUCGGCGGCAGCGCGACGUCAUUCUUCGGGCAAGCUUCGUCCAAGUGGCCCAAGAAGAUCAUGGGCAUGCACCUCCCGAUCAACAACAGCAAGGCGGGGGUGCUCAACCUCGGAUACACCAAUCCUGCCGAAUACACUGAUGAGCUUAGCUGGAUCCCCGCCAUCAGCGGAGACGGGUGGCGCGCGUCAUUCGGCGGCAUCAGUGUCACUGGAAACAGGACGGCUAGUCAUCCCGGCCGCAACUUUGCCGUGUGGGACUCGAGCGAGGACACGAGUGCGGCGCCCCACGACGUCGUCACUGCCAUCUAUGGCAAAGAUCCUCGCAUCAACAAGAUCACAACUGUGUGGUCGAUGCCGUGCGAUGUCAUCGAGGGCGCGACAGUGCGUAUCCGCCUCGGUGGCCGGCAGUUCAGUAUCAGCCGCGCCGCUCUACUGCGCCGCGACCACACGACCCCUGGACAGUGUAUCGGAAACUUUGCCGUCGCAGAGGACAACAAUGUCCACCUGGGCCGCUCGUUCAUGCGUACGUGGUACACUGCGUUCUCGGCAGAGGGUGUGCGGCGCGUCGGGCUCGCACGCCCAGUCUUCCCCGCUGGCUUUACGAUUAACUCGAUGAGCAUCAACGACGAUUAG